AUGGCUCGUAUUAAGCAAACUGCCCCUAAAUCGACCGGUGGAAAAGCUCCCCGUAAACAACUAGCCACCAAAGCUGCCCGAAAGAGUGCCCCAGCCACCGGCGGUGCUAAGAAGCCUCAUCGUCUCCGUCCUGGUACGGUUGCUUUGCGUGAAAGCCGUCGUUAUCAGAAGAGUACUGAAUUGUUGAUCCGCAAAUUGCCCUUCCAACAUUUGGUUCGUGAAAUCGCUCAAGAUUUCAAAACCGACUUGCGUUUCCACAGCUCUGUUGUCAUGGCCUUGCAAGAAGCCAGUGAAGCCUACUUGGUUGGUCUUUUCGAAAACACUAACUUGUGCGCAAUCAAUUCUAAGCGUGUCACCAUCAUGUUGACGUUUUAA